AGAAGGAGCAGAAGAAGCAGCAGAAGAAGAGGUGGAGGAGCUUUGUGCAUGCACGUUGAUGUGUGUCAUUACGGCACAAUCCCACAGAGGGGUGUGUGUGUGUGUGUGUGUGUGUUGCACAGAAAGGGAAGGCAUCACCGUGAUGUUUCUCCUCUACUGAUGUGUUCCUAAAAGAAGAAUGAGAGCAGAGCUGAGUGUCCACUCGGCGCAGGAGAAACGAUGAACGGCGCGCUGUACAUCUCGUUUUUCCAGGGCCAGCUGGAGUCGGUGCUGGAGCAGGUGGUGCAGCUCGCAGUGACCGAGAUCACAGGGACGGUCGGGGCCAGUCUGAGCUCCAUGCUCCUGGAGACGGCCCGAAAGGAGCAGGACAACCAGCGGCUCAGAGACACCAUCCAGUCGGCGGGGCGCGUGGACAGAGAGCGCGUGGAGAGCUCGGACCCCGAGCCGCAGCAUGCCGCCUCCAGGCCCGCCUCCCACCCCGACUCGCUCCGGCACGAGCAGAAACGACGAGCUGUGGGUCAGCUGAAGGUGGUGAUGGAACGUGUGUUGGAGUUUGCAGUGCGUGAGCUCAGUAAGAUCGUAGAGGACAGCUUUGACGAUGUUCUUCUGGAGCUCAGGAAGACGGAGCGGGAGAACGAUGAGCUGAUGGAGAAGGUACGUGGAGCGGAGGAGAAUGGAGCGGGCGAGACCGAGAUGACCAAGCCUCAGGUGGAGCAGGUGGGAUCGCCAAACAGCACUAAUGUAGUAAAGAACGAGGAGAGAGCGGACGAAAAAGAAGAAGAAACGGAACAGAUGCAGAGCACUGAAGACUCCGCCCCCCCUGCAGUGAUCAGCGUGUCUCAGGACUGGGUUCCAGUGCUGGAUCAGGUGUUCGGUCAGAAAUGGUGUGCUGACAUUUGGCCGGUUAAAGAACCCGGAGAUGUUAAAGUAGAGCCGCCGUGUUUCUCUCCUGAAGAACCCAUCAGACAAGACCCAGAACCACACAGCAAAGAUGACCAGUCAGAACGGCCACAGUGGCUGCAGGACGCUGGAGCCCUGACCGUGACCUUUGAUGCCCACCAGACCUCAGAGACGAGCCUAACGGGAGAUGAUGUCCAGUUAAAAUCACCGUCGAUGCUCCACCGUCUUCUCACGCUCCCAUCUCAGCUGUUAGACGGCGAGGAGGAGUCGAUGGAGUCGGAGGAGAGUCUGCUGAACGCCAUCACCUCGCUGCACGGCGCUCAGACGCCUCAUCGGGACGCCAGCAGAGUGGACGAACACGAUGGCGCCGAAGACCUGGAAGACCAGGAGGAGGAGGAAGGCCAGGAGGAAGAAGAAACCAAGCCGAGGUCCUGCAGGAGCGGGAGGAAGAACCAUGUCUGUAAAACCUGUGGCAGGAAGUUCAGCAGAGCUCACCUGCUCAAAGCUCACCGGCUCACACACAAGGAAGCUCGCUCGCCGUUCUCCAAACUCCACACACACACGUGCACCGAUUCGGGGAAGACCACAUGAGUGGACGUGCUGGACAGAGAAGCAGGAGAUUCCAUACCUCUACAAUCCAGGCAUGUGCUGAUGUUACUCCAUCGUUUCUCCACCAUUUCAUCACGAUAUCACAGCAGAAACAUGUCCAGCAAGACAUAGGGUAGUGAGGAUGGUCAGAAGACUCAGCCAUGACCAUUCACAGAGUCCUGAAUCAACAUGGUGUGUUUAUUCAUGAUAAUCAGCACUCACCUGAAAAGCUCAGUGUCAUGGUACAUCGAACAACGAGAGGAGCUUUUCAUUCUCCACUUCACGGUGUGUGUGUGUGUGUGUGUGUGUUGCAGGUCAGGAAGUGAUCUUAUAUUUUAAGCGUUUAAAUAUAUUACAGAAUAACCAGAGAGACAUUCGUGUUGUAUUAAAGGCUCGUCUCUGGCUGUGUUUCCAUCCAAGUCCAGGGCCGUGUCCCAGAUCAUCUCAUAACGUUCAGUAAGAUGCUUACCUUCACACCAACGUGUCCCAGAACCCUGCUUUGACACCUGACUGAGAUACACAGAGGUUCCACACUGUUGUAUCAGAGCUCUAGAGAGGUGACAGAGGGCAGUAAGAACCUGUCUGGGAAAAAUCUGACCAGAUAACUAACCGAAACGUUCAGGUUAGCAAGUGCUUCACUCGUACUUUACUGAAGUACUUUACUGACAUACUUAUUUCAUCACUAAUGGUGCAAAAGCCACGUCCACUUUCCCCAGGAACAGGACAGCUGAUUGAGACUGGACACAGAGCUGUUACUGAAACGGAUUUUUCUUUCUGGUACAUGGAAUGUAUCUGGAGUAUCUCAGUGGAAGUAAAGACAGUUGGAUGGAAACACAAA